CCCUGCCAUGCUCAUCAUUGGCGUUAUUCACCAUCCCCUCCUCCAUCGAUGGAACAUUUGGAUCCUUUGACCCCGGAAUAUCCACGAGAAUCUUUUCGUGGACGACUUAUUAACUAUGCACCAAGUAUCUGUAUAGUCGCAUUCAUGUUUCUAGUGCCUUUACCAUGGGCCUAUCAAUGGUCGUCAUUGGCGAGUCAAUGGGUCGGCCUAUGGGGCUAUGCCCUGUUCAUCGGAAGUAUCUUUUCAGUAUCUGGAUAUCUUGGUUUCGUUUAUUGGACGCGUUCGGACCAAUUUCCCCCCCUCCGGUAAGUCGUCCACCUUUUAAAAAAAGUUUCUAGAGUCAUGUCAGCUGAGAUCAAUGGCGAACAUAAAGACCUGUCGACAAUAUCACAAAG